UUAUUGGACUAUAACAUGCUUAUUUAUCUUGAAACAGUAGUUUCACCGGAACCAACUUUGGAAACGAAGCUUGUAUUCGCACGGACAUAUUUCACGGACGUACUCAUCGUCACUGCGUUUGAAAUGGCUGUUACUCUUCACACAGAUUUAGGAGACGUCAAGAUUGAAUUAUUUUGUGAACGUGCACCGAAAUCAUGCGAGAACUUCCUCGCUCUGUGUGCCAGUGGCUUCUAUAAAGGCUGCAUCUUCCAUCGCAACAUUAAAGGCUUCAUGGUGCAAACUGGAGACCCAACAGGCACUGGCAAAGGAGGGACAAGUAUAUGGGGACGCAAGUUUGAAGAUGAGUUCAGCGAACAUUUAAAGCAUAAUGUUAGAGGAGUGGUCUCCAUGGCAAACAAUGGUCCCAACACAAACGGAUCUCAGUUUUUCUUCACCUAUGCCAAACAGCCACAUUUGGACAUGAAGUACACUGUGUUUGGAAAGAUCAUCGAUGGCUUGGAAUCGCUGGAUGAGCUGGAGAAACUUCCUGUACACGAAAAGACAUUCCGACCAUUGACUGAAACUCGGAUUAAAGAUGUAACCAUUCAUGCCAACCCUUUUGCUGGAUAGCUUGCAUAUUUGAGCAAAAAAAAUUAACAAAACAGGGAGAUGAUGUUGUUCAAUUAAAAAGAAAAUAGCAAAGUGAUAUUCUCCACAUUCAUUUAGAUUGAUAAACUCUGUACAUUUGAAAAGUUUUGUACUGAAUAAAAUGUUGGUCAUUAA